GGGAAUAUUGACUCCCCUGGAAUCGCCGUAGCCGGAGAUCCCAAGCUCAAGGUCUGGCUCAUUCUCGCCGGAAACAGCCGUCAUUAUCAUUUCAUCUUGCCCGUCAUCUCCUCCGGAACCCUAAUUCGCCGGAAUCGUGGUGGGGAAUAUCGUUCCUCCCACCCUAAGAGCAAUGGUCUCAAUGCCCGAUCGGUUCUUCUUAUGCAGUUAUUUUGUUUUCCACAAAGGCACUGCUUUCCGAAAUCGGUUGCUUCUUCAAUAGCAUAACAUGGUAUCAUGCAACCAUUUAUUGGUCAGAAACCUUCGUUUCCGGUGGAUUAUCCGAGUAAACAUUGGGUCUAGUCUCUCCUAAUGGCUGAUUCCGCAUAGGGUUACGGUUCUUCCCUCUAUUGGUUUUAUCGCUCUCUCCUCUUUCUUCCUUCUUCGUGAAUUGGUCUUCUUCCUUCAUUCGUUCUCCUUUUGAUUUGGGGAGGUUUUGUCGAGGCGUGGUGAAUCAGCAUGUCUGAGGAGGUCUUGAUGCACCUCUCUUCGAAUUCGAACCAGUCGGAUCCCUCCCUGACCUCCAAGCUUGCUAAGCUUGAGGCCAGGAUGGCUGGAAAGGCCGCGAGCUCGGUGCAGACGUCAUGGCCCUCAGUUUCCUCCGCUCCGAAAGCCGAAGGUGCCGAUGAUGCCCCAGAGACUUCUCCGUCGAGCGACUCGGAUGACGAUGUAUCUGUUAUCGUUGAGGAUUUUUUGAUACAACCAAAUAUAAAUAAGAGGCCAAGAUUCCAAGAGGAGGAGCAAGUAACUGGCGUUCAACAAGCAGAGGCCACCGAUGGGAGGGCGAGGAUGUUAGAGGCUAUGGAUUUACAAAUUAGUUCAAAUGAUGGAAGCAGGAAAAGGAGUACUCGAGGCAGAGGACGUUCAGUAACAGGGAGGGGGCGCGGUCCGAAGGCUUGUGAUCAGUCACGUCCACAGGCUUCUGUCUCUUCAAUGUCAUUAUCGAAUGGUCAUUUCGAAACCUCAUCACAUAAAAUCGGAUCAGAAUCAUCGGAUUCAUUGUUACUUCAAACAAAAAUAAAUCCGUCAACAUACAAUCAGGAGGGCUGGUUAAAAGAGAGGGCUUCUGUGCAGGAAGAGAUAACAUUGUUGAAAGGAAAGGUUGCAUCUUUGGAAGAAGAACUCUCUAAAUCUCGACAUGAAGUAGCAGAUCAUCAAGCUUUGUUGCGCCAAUUGGAAAAGGAGUUGAGAGACCUUAAGGACCAAGAGCAACAAAUGAAGCCCAAGCGGAUGAAGGUGUUGUCGGAUCUUUUGAUUUCAGUUGCAAAAGCAGAAAGGCAAGAGUCAAGAAUGAAGAUUCGUCAGGAUUCUCUGAGGCUUGGUAAUGUGGGGGUGAUUAGGGCUGGAACAAUUAUAUCUGAGACAUGGGAGGAUGGCCAAACACUUAAGGACAUACAAAGUCAACUUAGGAAUUUGUGGGAUGCAAAGGAGGUCAUUGAGAGGCACAGGAAAUCGUUGAAAAAGCGUCAAUCUGAUAAAAGUGAUGGCAGUGAUCAUGAAUCUGGGAUACCAGAAGAAGACUUUCUCAUUCAGGAUGAAAUUUGUAAAUCACGACUAUUAAGCAUUAAACGUGAAGAAGAACUGUUGCUGAAGGAGAAAGAUCGUUAUGAACUUGAGAAGGGAAGGCAUAUACGGGAGCUGAAGCGCAUAAGAGAUGAGGAUGGAUCACGUUUCAAUAAUUUCCAGAUUUUGAAUCAUCGCUAUGCCCUUUUAAAUCUUCUUGGAAAGGGUGGAUUUAGUGAGGUUUACAAGGCUUAUGACUUGCUGGAGUAUAGAUAUGUGGCUUGUAAGCUGCAUGGACUGAAUGCACAGUGGAGUGAAGAAAAGAAGCAAAGUUAUAUACGACAUGCAAUUAGAGAAUACAAUAUUCACAAGAGUCUUGUUCACCAGCAUAUAGUGCGGUUGUGGGACACCUUUGAAAUUGAUCACAACACUUUCUGCACCGUUUUAGAAUGUUGCAGUGGUAAAGAUCUUGAUGCAGUCCUCAAGACAACACCAAUAUUGCCAGAGAAAGAGGCCAGAAUCAUAAUUGCUCAGAUAUUUCAAGGGCUUGUAUACUUGAACAGGAGGACACAAAAGAUCAUUCACUAUGAUUUGAAACCUGGGAAUGUUCUUUUUGACGAGGUCGGUGUUGCAAAAGUGACUGACUUUGGUCUAAGCAAGGUAGUGGAUGAUGAUGUGGGAUCCCAGGGGAUGGAACUUACUUCCCAAGGAGCUGGCACAUAUUGGUAUCUGCCUCCAGAGUGCUUCGAGCUUAACAGGACACCUCUUAUUUCAUCAAAGGUUGAUGUUUGGUCGGCUGGUGUACUUCUUUUCCAAAUGCUAUUUGGUAAACGUCCAUUUGGGCAUGAUCAAACUCAAGAGCGGAUUCUUCGUGAAGAUACUAUUAUCAGAGCUCGCAAAGUGGAAUUUCCACCAAAACCCACUGUCUCAAAUGAGGCAAAAGAUUUUAUAAGGCGUUGCUUGACUUAUAACCAAGCUGAAAGGCCUGACGUAUUGACUGUAGCUCAAGAUCCGUACCUGUCAUAUGCAAAAAAAUGACCAGAAUCUUUUCACUGUAAAGAAAAGGUUGUCCUACCUGAAUGUAAAGAUGCGAUGAAUUUUCUGAUGGCCUGAAGAGCAUUCAUUGGUCAACGUUUCGGAUGUUCAGAGAAGUGGUACAGCAACUUCUGUCUUCACAGUAAAAUUUGGAGAUGAAGAUAUCAAUCACCGGAUCUCCCUCGCUCUCUCUCUGUGCGACGCAGCACCUUCAUGUUGAGAGAAAAAUAGACCUGUUUAUAGGUUUUGGUACUAAUUUCUUUCAUUUUUAUGGUUGUAAGCCCAUAAUAGCAUGUUAGACGGCGUCAAUCAAGCCGAUUAAAGCUGUCUUAGUGUCUGUCAUUUUAUUGUCUGUAAUCUAAAGAUAUCUAAAUCUAAGGGCUUUACUUCUUUCCU